CCCCGCCCCGACCCUCUACUCAGUCUCAAACAGCUAUCUUUUACUUCUACAGAGUCUACAAAUUCCUCACUAACACUUCACUGUGUCUACGGCCCGCCACAUCUGACGCAGCUCACCCGCCUCACCUCACCCCCUCCAGCAUGUCCGCAAACGGCGCCCGCACAACACCAGCACCUUCGUCUUCGCAACCAGGCCUCGUCGAUGAAGCUAUCUAUAAGAACAUCUUCCCUGAGCAUCCCAAGGGGAAGACUUUGACAAUUAAACUCAAGAAGGCCCCUCCGAAGCAGACCAUUCCCGGGAACUGGAAGGAAAGCGAGGUCAUCAGCACUAACAAAAAGUCCGACGCCGCGUCCACCACCCCUUCGUCUCCCCUCGUCAACCCCCAGGACGAGAAAACCCUCGCUGCCUUUCCCACCGGCCGCCCUCUCGAAGACAAGGUCGACACAGUCCAAUGCCGUCAUUGCAAACGCCCGGUCCUCCGCAGCGUUUCCGCAACCCACAUCAAGGACUGUCUGAAUAAGAAACAAGAGAAGCUCAAGAAGAAGAAAGAAGCUAAAGAAGCCAAGGAUGCCGCCUUGCGCAAGGAAAAGGGCGAGAAGGACGACGAGGGAGAAGGAGGGAAGAACAACGCGCGCAAGAGCGCUGUCAAAGGCGCAGCUGCCGACGGCGACGCGGCGAAGAAAGGAAAGAAGCGCAAGCUGGACGGGGAUGCAGAGAAGGCGCCUAACGCGAAGAAAAAGAAGAAGGACGAGCCCAAGGCCAAGGCUGCCAAGCCAAAAGGUCCCGUUGACGUGGAGAAGCAGUGUGGUGUUGCCCUUGCCAACGGAGGGUUUUGUGCUAGGAGCCUAACUUGCAAGAGCCACUCGAUGGGCCUGAAGCGUGCAGUGCCGGGACGAAGUCUGCCUUACGACAUGCUUUUGGCUCAGUACCAGAAGAAGAAUCAGGCAAAACAACAAAGAGCUGCGAUUGAUGCCAAUGCCCCCCUCGCAGAAGACCUCGAACCGCAAGGUGCCGUCGACUCGGACGAAGAGAAAGAAGCCGUCAUGGCUGCAGUUGCCCGCGCUCGCGCGCGGCCCCUCGCCACUCGCACCUUCAUCCCGACCAAAUCAAAGUACCAGUACAUCCGAAUGAAAGACAUGCUGCACGCCGCCCUCAGCGGAACCCGCGGCGCGAGCCUCUUCUCAACCGGACAACCUCCAGACCCAAACAACAUGCCUCCUAGUAGAGCGAUGCUCAACGGCCUAGGCAUGGGCGGCGGCGGAGACUUCAGCGGGAACGGCGGUGGAGGCGGGCCAUUCGCACCUCCCCUGAGCGCUGGCCUCGACGGUCCAGGCGGCCAGCAGCCGGGAAGCAGGCGGCAGAGCGUCAUGAGUAACGGAUCAGGCCCUCGGCAAAUUAUGCCCGGGCAGUUACCGCCGCCGGGCGCGCAGAGGAAGGCUAGCAUUGCAAGCGUGGCUAGCCUAGCCUAAGAGUUGCAGUUGCAGGUUUUUGGGCGCUACAGACUCUGUGCUUCUUCUUCUACUUCUUCUUGUGCAGGAUGUAGGCUUAGAGAUACCCCUUCCUUCGUUAGGAAUACAAUGCCAUUCUUUUCUUGUG